AUGAAAGUAAAGAAUUAUCAAAAAUUAAAUGAAACACACAAUUAAAUCAAUCCUAAUUUAGAAUACCAACCUAAAUCAGAAUCAAUUCGAUCUUCAUUAGCAAGAAAUUAUGAAGAUAUUAAAUAAUCUAUAGAUUUAUAAUUUUAUCAAGAAGAACGCAAAAGUGUAUAAAUAAACCGAUCAAAUUCAAUAUAGAAUUUUAACAAUAAUCAAGAUAAUAAUGUAAUAUCUUCGGUAAAUAGUUCUAAAAAAUACAAGGAACCUAACUCUUAAUAUAAAGCAAUAUAACCACAUAUAGAUGAUCCAGAGGAAAAAAAAGCAUAAACAAAAGAAGCUUUUGGAUUGAUGGACGAUCAUAGAAUUCCUUUAGAAGAUUUGCGAAAAAGAUUAAAUACAGAUUUUAAAUAAGGUUUAUAAGAAGCUAUAGCUAUAUAACUAAAUUAAAAAGAUGGUGAUAAUAAAUUAACUGAAAAGAAAAAAUUACCGGGAUGGCUAAGGUUUUUCAAAGAAAUAUCGAAUGGAUUUGCAAUAUUGCUUUGGGUUUGUACUGUUUUAUGUUUUAUUACAUAUGGAAUCGAUACUUCAUAAACAUCUAAUUUAUAUGUUGCUAUAGUUUUAAUGUUUAUUAUUUUAUUAACUGGUUAUCUUACAUAUAUGUAAACUGCUAAAAGUGAAGCAUUAAUGGAAGGCUUUAAAAAUUUCUUACCUUAAGUAUGCUAUGUAUUCCGUGAUGGUAUGCUUAAAUAAAUUCCUGUAGAAAAAUUAGUUAUAGGAGAUCUUGUUUAAAUCAAAGCCGGAAUGAAGAUACCAGCAGAUAUCAGAAUUAUCGAAAGUAUGGAAAUGAAAGUCGAUAAUUCUCCUUUUACAGGAGAAACUGAACCCUUAUUAAGAACCAUAGACUGCUCUCAUCCCUUAAACCCUUUAGAAACUUCCAACUUGGCAUUUUUUGGGACUUUAUGUACAUCAGGAAUAGGAAAAGGAGUAGUCAUUAGAAUCGGAGAUAAUACUACUUUAGGCUAAAUUGCAGAUUUAGCUUCUAGCGGAUAGAAAGUAAAAACUCCUUUAAGAAAAGAACUAGAUAGUAUAAUCGGAGUUAGUCUAGGUUUUUUAUUUUUCAUAUUAGACUUACUUGUAAUAAAGGCAGGAGUAGCAAAUUCUAUAUCUAAUGGUAUAGGGAUAUUAGUUGCAAACGUUCCAGAGGGUCUUUUAGGUUGUAUAACAAUAUCUUUAGCAAUAACAGCUAAAAAGUUAGCUGAUAAAAUGGUUUUAGUAAAAAAUCUGGAAGCUGUAGAAACACUAGGUUCCACAUCCUGCAUAUGUUCAGAUAAAACAGGUACAUUAACCUAGAAUGUGAUGACUGUAAAACAUAUGUGGUAUAACGGAUAAAUCAUAAAUGCAGUCAAUAAGUCUCAAUUGCCUAUUACAUAGGACUUAGAAUAUGAUAUAAAUGAUAGAGGCUUCCAGGCUUUACAUUUAAAUGCAAUUUUAUCUUCAGAAGCUUAGUUUAAUAUUGAAGAAAAUAUAAAUAGAGAAGAUAUAGACUUUUCUAAAUGUCCAGUUUUCGGGGAUGCUACAGAAACUGGUCUUUUGCGAUUUUAUUAAUCUAUAGAAGACGUGGAAAAAACACGUAUGAAGUUCAAGUUUGCGAAAACUAAAGAAGGUGCUCCUGCGAGAAUGCCUUUUAAUGCAAACGAUAAAUUCGCAUUGACAAUAGUAGAAUAAAGUACUAAUGAUUCUGAUUAUUGUAUAUAUAUUAAAGGUGCUCCAGAAAGAAUAUGGAAAUUUUGCAAAUAUAUACUACUUGAGCAACGAAAAGUCGAAAUUUAAUAAGAAUGGGACAGAAAAUUUAACGAUGUCAAUUUAAGGUUUGGAAAGGGAGGAGAAAGAGUACUUGGAUUUGCUAAAUUGCAUUUAUUAAGAGAAGAGUUUUAAUUAAAUUAAAGUUAUUUUAAUGUUUCUUCGAAGAUUAAUUAUAAUUUCAAGUUAGAAAAUUUCACUUUUGUAGGGCUUAUAUCAUUAAUAGAUCCCCCUAAAACAAGAGUACCUCAUGCAGUAUUGGAAUGUAGAAGUGCAGGAAUUAAAGUUAUUAUGGUUACAGGAGAUCAACCUCCUACUGCAGCAGCUAUAGCUCGAGAAUGUAAUAUAAUUCCAAGAAAUGUGGAAACCAAUGAAGAUAUAAUGGAAAAAAAUCCAGGGAUCAGUUGGGAUGAAGCAAUUUAAAAAGCCAAAGCUAUAGUAGUCCAUGGAGAUAGAAUAAUGGACUCUUUAGAACGAGAAAAAGAAGAAAAUAAUUAAGAAUUAUACUAUAUAGGAUAAUGGGUAAAAAAAGAUUACUGUGUAUUUGCGAGAACAACGCCUGCUUAAAAACUCUAAAUAGUAAAAGCCUGUUAAAGUCAAGGAUAUAUAUGUGCUGUUACAGGUGAUGGUGUAAAUGAUUCUCCUGCCAUAAAAUAAGCAGAUAUAGGUAUUUCUAUGAAUUUAAGUGGUGCUGAUGUAACAAAAGAUGCUGCUGAUAUGAUUCUUUUAGAUGAUGAUUUUGCUUCUAUAAUAAAUGGAGUUGAAGAAGGUAGAAAAAUAUUCGAUAAUUUAAAGAAGACAAUUGUAUAUUUAUUAACUUCAAAUAUUCCUUAAUUAAUUCCUUUUCUAAUUAAUGUUAUUUUUGGAUAUCCUUUACCACUUUCUAGUAUGUUUGUUUUAUGUAUUUGUGUAGGAACUGAUAUAUUACCCGCGAUUUCUUUAGCUUAUGAGGAAGCUGAAAUCGAUAUAAUGACUAGAAAACCAAGAAAAAAAGAUGACCAUUUGGUAUCUGCAAAACUCAUUAUUCAUGCCUAUCUUUUAAUGGGACUUAUUUCUACAUGUGGAGGUUUUGCGGCUUAUUUUACUACAAUUGUUAUGCUUAUAGGAAUUCUUGUUGAAACUGUAUUAUGCGUAUUCCUUUUUUAUACACCUGGUGUUUAGAAAAUUUUCGGAGGAAGACCCAUUGAUUUUUGGUAGUUUGGAAUUCCUGGGUUACCGUUUUCGAUGUUUUUGUUACUUUGGGAAGAAAUAAGAAAAGCACUUAUUAGAAGAUUUAAAUGGUUCGAUAGAUUUUUAUGUUGGCCCACCCUAGAAUGGAAUCAAAAUUUUGAUAAAUAAAUUAACUAAUUACUCUUGAAUGUUCAAUUAGGAAAUAACCGUGCUAUGGGUGGUAUUUUUGGAGUUACUGUUUUAGGUACAAUAGGUUUACUAGCUUCAGGGUUAAAUCCGAUUGUUUCAGCUGCAGGAGCGGUUGCAGGAGGUGUUAUAGGUUAAUAUGCAGAUGGAAUGCUUUAUUAUUUAUGGAAAGUCUUUGGUAGGAAAAUAUAAGAAUGA